AUGGGACUUGCUCGUCUCACCGUGGUGCCAGUACCCUUUUCCGAUGGUACAACCGAAACUCUCCCGGAACAAAUCGUAGAAAGUCUCGAAGACUAUAGCGCCGCAAACCCAGACGCGGAUCUCAGAUCGGUCUAUGAAUGGGCUAAAGCAACUGCCCUGGCGAGCUUCAUAAAAAGAUGCUCAGAGCAUUUGAAGACAGUGUAUUCAGAGAACCCGUCAAAGUGCCCCGGUGUUCCUGCGGGGACUACCGCUAUCGAGUUUGAUCCGGACGCUGUCUUGAGGACCUUGCCAGAUGGGUACAAUCUUCUGAAUCUGCAUCGGAAGGAUACUCAUGGAAAAGACGGGAAGUUGCAGAGGCCCGAUCCGUACCUCUUUGGGCAUCCCAGUGGAAGCAAAUUCCGAAGUUCGCCCGAGUUUUACCCACAUCUUACAUGGCUGGUCCUUAGCGACAACCACGAUCCGGCGGAGUGCACAUGCAAAUACUGCCCUUCAUGGGCGAAACGAUUGUCGAUUCUCACAGCUGAAGGGUUGCCCAUCACCCCACGCAGAGCGCGCGCGCCUCGAAGGUCCGACGGGAGAAGUGCUACGAACUCUCCCUUGCCAUCGUCACAACCCAAUUCGACGCAGGUCUCGCCAAAACGAAGGAUAUCGGAGGUGGCUGGUUCCCAGGAGUCCGAGCCUACAUCUACCCCGACUGGUUUACCAGCCAAGAAAAAGGCAAAGAAAUCCAGCGCCGUGACAGAUAACGAUGUCGUGAUAGUCGACGAUGUCAUUGCUGUUGACGACGAAGAACCGGCUCCAUCACAGACCCUAUCGCAAAAGGCUAAGAAAUCCGCGCUGGCUGCUGCGCUAGCUAAGCGUGCGGGGUUGAUGAAUGUCGGGGUUGAUUCUUCUCCGAGUGAUCGACCCAAAGGUACCCCGAGUGUCGCGCAUCGCGGGAGUCUGUCAACCGACCGGAAAGGCAAAUCGACCGAUCCGUUCGCCAAGGAUGGUCCUCAACCAGGACUUGUAAACAUACCAGUAUUGAAGUCGUUCCCGGAAGGCCCAGGAAGAGCGUCUUCUUCGCAAACCUCCCAAGCGCGCUCGAGCCAAGGCAUGCAGAAGGUGGAUAUCCCUACUCUCGAUGGGUUUCCUGGGAUGCGACCGGCUUCUACAAAGAAGGCGGCUCCGCCGCUACAGCUUAAGGAGAAAAAGAAAACGCCGGCAAGUGCGCCACAGACCAAAUCAAGUAGUGUCAAGAAGCCGGCCACAAAAGUGGCUCGGCUCGCAUCAAACAACGCCAAUGUGGCUCAACCACAACCUCAACAACCAGCGCAGCAGGCACCGCAACCGGCGCUUCCUGUUCUCCCGGCCACUCUCUACGACCCGCGAAGUGGACCGAUACCCAAACCGCACAAACCGGAGCCGAUCUACCGCGUCGGCGAAGUGGUCUGGGUGCAGGCGUAUUUGAUGCUCAAGACCAACUCAACCACGCUCCCCAUCCGCGGCAACAGUCAGGUCCAUAGCAUCGAUAUCGGCUGCUUACAGGACAAACUGGUGUAUUGGCCGGGCGUGAUCUGUUCGGUUCAUUCAACCGAAAAGACGAAGAAUAAGGCUGCCGAGAUGGCUGCCGAGAACGAUCAAGUCUUUAAGAAGGUUCUUGUUCCACCAUUGUUCUUCCAUGCUACACUUCCUGCCGGUGCUAGUCCUCAAGUGCCCAUCGCGACUGUAACGCCUACCCACACCUUCAACGACCUUAAUGCCCUCACCGAGUAUGAUGCACGAGGCUACGUUGUCCGUUUGCUGAAUGUGACCCCGAGUUCUCCGGGAGCGCUUACCACGAUUAUGGAACAAUAUCUCCGGCCUUUUGCGGGAUACGUCCUCCCACGGCACCUGCGGUUCAAUCCCAACGUUCUAUCGCGGCUGAGACAGGCGAUCACGGCCUCCGAUCCGCUGCUCAUGAAUUACCUCCUCGUCGUGAACAAGACAUACGAUUACGCCCGAAGUCGAGUCAGCAUCGUGAAGAAGUUACCACAUCCAUCAACUGGCAUGGGCAACGGGUCGACCCAACAUCCCAUCAUAGAAACGGUCCAAAUCGGCGCGGAACAUUUAACCCUCGGCGACCUCGUCCGCAUCAACCUCCCCGUCCCGCCCCGGCCCGGCCCCAACGGCGCAACCGCGCAAGCAACACUCAACAUCCGCGUCGCGCGUCUCGUCGCCAUCCACCACGCGGGUACACCCACCGACCCGGUCACGCUCGGUCUAAAACCGUACGUUGCGCGUGACGCCAAGUUCCCGUAUGAUAUCAGCCACGCGACAUUGGGGAUGCGCAACGGGAAGUGGGUCAUUUUUGGGGCUGGUGGGGAGGGGAAGUUUGGCGGGGUGGUGGAGCCUGAGGUGGUGAUUGGGGUUGACCAGGUGGUGGGGAGGUUUUAUCCCCGGUUGACGGGGGUGGAUGGGUGGGUGGGCCCGAGGAGAAAUGAUGGGAGGGUUGCGGCUGAGCCGGAGGAACUGGUGUGA